AUGUCUGGGAGGAACCGUGGACCUCCGCUUCCAAUGAAAGGUCCAUCUCAUGUUGGAUUGGCGCCCAUUCACGAGCCUCCAUAUGGAAGGAAUCUAGGUCCAAUUCCUCAUCCUGCAUUGCUUGAGGAGAUGAGAGAAGCUCAAUUUGGAAUGGGUCCCAGACAACUCCCUCCUCACCCUGCUAUCAUUGAGGAGCGAUUAGCAGCUCAACAUCAAGACAUUCAAGGGCUUUUGGUUGAUAAUCAGAGGUUAGCUGCAACCCAUGUUGCACUCAAGCAAGAACUUGAAGCUGCACAACAUGAGCUUCAACAAACAGAUCGUUUUGCUCGCAAUUUCCUCAUGGAGAAAGAUAUGCAGAUGAGAGAGUUAUAUGAGAAGUCAGCAAAAAUGGAACACGAUCUUCAUGGAGUAGAAGCUAUGCGAGCUGAGCUUAUGCAAUUACAUGCUGACAUCAAGGAGUUGACUUCUACACGCCAAAAACUUACUAGUCAAGUUCAGGGUAUGACUCAAGAUCUUGCUAGAGCUACUUCUGAGUUGCAGCAAGUUCCAGGACUGAAGUCAGAAAUUGAUGGGCUUAGACAAGAAUUACAACAUGCAAGGGCUGCAAUUGAACAUGAGAAGAAGGGGCAUGCAGAGAACUAUGAACAUGGUCAAGUGAUGGAGAAGAAUUUACUCUCUAUGGCUCGUGAGCUUGAAAAGCUGCGUGCUGAGAUGGCAAAUGCUGAAAAGCGGGCCCGUGCUGCUGUAGCUGUAGCUGUAGCCAAUCAAAAUCCAGGAUAUAACCCAAAUUAUGUCAAUACUGAAGCUAACUAUUCAGGGAAUCCUUACCCUGCAAGUUAUUCCAUGAAUCCUGUGCAACCUGGUGGUGAAGGUUACCCUCAGUAUGGGCCUGGGCCUGGAUCUUGGGGAUCAUAUGAUAUGCAAAGGGCUCAAGGACACAGAUAA